AUGACGCUCUGGCCGCUGGGGGGCGCGCUGUGCCUCCCCUCAGCGCCUCAGGGCUCGAGGAGCGCGGGGCGGGCCCGGCUCGGUACCGGUACCGGCACCGGCCCCGGUACCGCUCCGGCUCCGCCCUCUGCCUCCCUCAGCGAGCACCGGCAGUCAGUCCGCCCGUGCCCGUCCGCAGGCGCCGCCAAGAUGGGCAAGGGCAUCUGGCAGACGCUCAAAAGGCAAAAAGAACUCAUUCCCCUGCUCGGAAUAUUGUCCACAGCAGCAACUGGGGCUGUCUCUUUUUGUAUCUAUUCCCUACUCAGCAAAUCUGAUGUGAUCAUUCGCAAGAUUGGCAGUUCAGAGCCAUGGGAAAAAGUUGAUCCUACCAAGCCUCAGAAGCUGGUAACAAUCAAUCAGAAAUGGGAACCUGUAGAAGAGCUGGAAAUGGUCAAAAAGCUCACAAAAUGAGAGGUUUCUGCUGCCUCAAAAAGGUUCUUUUACAAUGGAUGUUCAGAAUUCAUAAUCCUUUCUGUGAGGAAGAAAGCAGAAGUGAAACAACUACUAAUUGCGAAAAGUCCCCUUAAAUGAGUAAUAGUCAAGUACUUUAGGUUAUUCUGCUGAAGCAAAGACAAACUUCAGUUAGAAAAGCAGUCUCCUGAAUUCUAAGGUAGUUUAGCUUCAGAAGCUUUAUGUUUUCUUCGGCUGAGAAAAAAAAAUUAUUUAAAUGUUGCAUAAAUAUUUGUUUAUCUAGUAAGGAUGACUCAGCAGAAUUUCUGUUUUAGCAGUGAGAGGAACUACUAGUCUUUAGAAUAAGUCCUUAGCCUUCACUUUAAGGAAUGACAUUACAAUAAGAUUGGAUAGCAUAGAACCACAAAAAUACAGUGCUCUGAAGAGUACAAGUUUUAAGUAUUUUAAACUAGAAAAUAUUUUCAAGUAUUUCUCUAUAUUUCCAUAUUUCUACUUGACUGUAGCAAAAGCAAAGUCCCGUGUUCUGGGUUGAUGCACUAAUUGAGUUUUUUCUUCAGUAAGUUACUUAUUUUGGCUGGAAGUACUAUGACCUAAGUAUCUGUCAACAUUGGGAAAAUAAGUAAUUUUUAGUUAAUUUUUGUAUUUAGCAUGUUUCAGUGAUAUUUCCAGUAGCACAUUAAGCAGUGUGACUGCUGUCAGUCACAGGUUGUUGCUUCUCUUAACAUGUCUUGAAGCAUAACAACUCUGGCAAUAAAACUGUUUUGCUUUUAAGCUGUUCUGUUUUUCUUUAUUAAUACAGAUUUUUUGGGGAGGGUUUUCACACAAUAUAGAAAAUAUAUUUUGGCAGUCAAAAAUAUCAUGAAUAUCGUUAAAGUUCUUAGGGUUUUGUGUCUUCCCUGACUGUCCCUAAAAAUCUGUCUCCUGCAUAGAGGAGGGUUUUUUUCUUAUAAGUAGCAUACACCAAGAGCAAUUCUGUAUCUCCUUGCUCAGCUACUCAGCAAAAAAAGCAACAAACAAAUGGUUUCCUUGUCCCACAAACAGUAAAGAUUCAAGUGGUUGAAUUUUAUGAGCUGAUGUUUAUGAGAACAGUAAGACUUCCCUGAUCUGUGCCAUGCAAACCCAUGAAUUUUUAUUCCAUGAACAAUUUAGAGGCUGUUGAAAUAAUUCAACAACAUUCUUAUUUCUCUGCAUUUCCUUCGCUCUCUUUAGUCUCCUCUUCUAUUCUGUUCUUGAUUUUGGUUUGGGAUUUUUGGUUGAUUUUGGCUUUUUUUAACAAUCACUAUACUAUCUUUGCUGACUCUAGCUAGUACAUUUCCAUGGAACUAUAUCACUUCCAAAUUCAAUAUUACUUACGAAGUUUAAUAAAACUUGCAUAUGAUAGCCUCAGUGUCGGCAUUUCUCCUUCUGACCCCCCUGCAUUUCUCUGCCACAAGGUGUUAUUAGUGUAGUUCCAGACUGUCUGGUUACUUUAGUGGUGGCUUUCUGCAGAAAAUAGAAACUUACAGGGGAGCCUGAUG